AUGUCUGCCGAACCAUCGAUUUUCAAAGCUCAAUUGGUUGAAAUUGUUAAGACAUGCUUUGCAUGCUCUAAAACAUAUAUAGCGCCACAGAAAUUACGCCAUCAUUUCAAAAAGCACAGAAUCAAUGUUCCCAAACGACCUGUUGGCGUUAGACGUCAUGACACACCCGAUUGUUCAUUUGUAAAAGCUGAUGGCAAACAUUCAGAUAUUCAAAAGCACUUUGGCUGUCUGUCUUGUCCUGCUCAUUUUAAACUUUUAAACGAUUUAAAAGAUCAUUUUAUCAAUGACCAUCCCGAAUCUAUGCCGCCAGCACCGCAACACCAAGAAAGCAAUGACGUUCCACCACAUUUCUUAAAAAAAACGAAAAAUCAAUAUCCUGAAGAUUUUCUGCCAUUUUUCGAUGAACACAACCUAAAGGCUACCAUUGACCGUGUUGAUGCUAUCUAUGAUAUCAGGAAACCACGAAUGCCUACCAACGUAGUCAUGGAAAUCAUCAAGAUCAUCGAAGACCUUUUAUCUACCGCGACAACAAGAGAAAAGAGAGAAGAUAAAAACAAAGAAGUCGAUUAG